AUGCCCGAGUGCCUCAAGUGCGACAAGGAAGUGUACUUCGCCGAGAGGGUGACCUCUCUGGGCAAGGACUGGCCUCGGCCCUGCCUGAAGUGCGAAUGUGGGAAGACGCUGACCUCCGGGGGCCACGCUGAGCACGAAGGCAAGCCCUACUGCAACCACCCUUGCUAUGCCGCCAUGUUUGGGCAUAAAGGCUUUGGCCGGGGUGAAGCCGACAGCCACACUUUCAAGUAA